CUCCCUGACUUUCUACUUUCGAGUCUUGUGCAUCUAUAUUGAGACCAUUUUGCGACUCCCGGGGAUACGAGGUGAUGUUCCUGAUGAUGUUGUCUGGACUGAGUUACACAAAGAUGUAAGAAUAGGAGCCAGAGCAGUCCUGACAUGUCGAUUUCAAGGUUCACCAUUGGCUGUCUAUUGGAAGAAAGGAUAUGAUCCUAGACGAUCACCAAAUCUUGUCUCAUGGAUCCCAACUGAUGACGCUACCGGUAAAUGUGAAGGUCAAAGGGUAUGUGAGAUCAUGGAGAUGAAUGAAAAUUAUUCGUUGAUCAUCAAGGACGUCGGCAUUUCCGAACAAGGUCGAUAUAUCUGUAGAGUUGCAAACUACAAGGGGAACAUCAUACAUAAUUUUACAGACGUUAGGUUAUAUGCUCCCCCGGAAGAACCCUAUCCAGUUAUCGAUGAGUGUAUUAAUAGGUCAUCGGACAGCAAUCCAGAGCCUUGCCGUGUUCCAACCAACAAAACUGUUACCUUAACCUGCUCGGUGACCAAUUACUACCCACAUAUAGAACUUUUCUUCCUACAUGGAACUAAACAGAUGACUACCAUACAUAAUGAGGAGCAAACUAAUGUUGAUUCAACGAAAAACAAGUCGAUUUCCAUCGAAGUUGGCCCAAGUGAAACUUUAUAUACAUGCGUUGCGUCAGAUGUACCCGGAUCGAGAGAACGGAAAGCCGCAUCGAUCUUGGUGGGAUCAUCUCUUUCAAUUCCCGCGGAAACGAUACCAGUAACUGUCGAGAGUAUGAAAGAAGGAAUUCCUGUAACCAUAGCAGUGAUAAUUGUUAUUUUGAACGUUCUCCUUGGGGCUGCAGUGGUGCUUUACAUUUGGCAUGUUUGGUGGAAACGUAGACGUCGGAAUGCCCACAACGGUGGAAUAGAAGGUAAUCUUGCUAGAAAUUACAAUUAGCAUAAAAAGCAUUUAUGGCCCUAAUUAAUGCUGAAAAAAUUACGAAUUGACUAACAUAGAAUACAUAUAGGUCUAAGCAUUUCUUGUUGUUGAAUUGUAAUACUUUAUCAAUAAAAUGUACCGAGGAAUGUGAGGUGGUACCUUUAUGGCGAAAGUAAAUCAUGAUAUUCCAAUCAGGGCGCAUCAUUGGACUGGUUCAAGAGUUACUUCGCUUGCAGGACACAAUUGGUCCCUAUAAAAAGGAUUGACUCUCUUUUACAGAUGGAUAAUGUCACAUGUGCUGUUCAAGUCCUCUGUGAACUCUCCUUGGUCUGUUACUUUAUUAAUACAUUAAUUGUUUUCAAUAGACCUCUGGGGAGGGUUUCAUCGACAUUUUUGUCUCUACAGAUUGUUAGAUCUGACAUCUUUCCUUGAUUUUGAUUGGCUGAGAAGCGCUGUUACUAUCAUAAUUGUCAGAUAAAACGUGUUUUCAUAAAAUGCUUGAUCUUUCAUCGUGAAUUGUAUUCAUGUCUUUUUUAGUUAGUGUUUUCAAACAAAAACCUAUAGUCCUAUUUAAAAAUGUAAUUGGUGAAUUAAUGAUAGUCACUUUGUGGAUUGAAUUAUCUACAGAAAACAAAUUAUAUGCUCUUUAAGCAACACAAGAUAAAGAGAUUCCAAGAGAUGUUACGUUUAAUGAUCUACUGAGUAAUAACGACAAAGGUCUGAGGUCAUUGCACAUGGAAAAUCAUGUCUUCAAGCCUCCAACUCCACCCUAAAAAAAUGGAAUACAAUUUCAAAUCCUUCUUCCAAAUCGUUAUUUAUGAUAUAAUAAUUCAAUAUUAAUUCUUCCAAUUAUGAUGUUCUCGAAUGGGGUCAUUCUCCUAUAGCUAAUCUUGAAAGGGUGUUUUUCAUUUUAAAAGUUGUGAUAAGAAUUUGUUCAUUCGAGCCAAAUUUUUUUUAUAAGGAUAUAAUUUCAAAGUUGCGAGAUAUCCAUCAUUUAAAAUAUAGAAGAUCUCAUGUAUAGUAUUAGCCAUAGGCGGAUCCAGGGGGGCCCGAGCCCCCCCCCCCCCCCCCCCCCCCUAUUGGCGGAGC